AUGCGAUGCGCGAGCAAGGCCGCCGAGAGCGCGUCUGCACGUCUCUGUGCGGACGCCGAAGAAACUACAGCAACUGAUGUCUCCCAUCGGUUGCUGAAUCGACUCCAGCCUGUGUCACUUGGUGAUGCAGGCGCUGGUCAUGAAGACACUCAUGUCUUCACAGAGUACGAGCUCGGUGUCUCGUACUCUCCUGAUACGGAUGACGGAUCCGUAUCGACGGCGAUUGAAUCUAAGCCGCCUGCCAAGCGUGGCAUGGACGAUGCUUUGCGUCGCAGCAUCUUUGGUUCAUCUGAUGAAUCAGAUGAACCAUCGCCGAAGCGAAGGCGCUCGAGGUCGCGAGACUCGGGCGCUAAUAGUGGUGUCGGUUCUCCUAUUGGACACCACUUCACAGCGGGUGCCAGUACUUCUGUCGGCACGUCGCGGAGGAAGAGCGGGACCGCAAUGUGUUGCGUCUCGCUCCAGAGAAAGAAGGCAUGGAUGCCUCCAAAGUCAGUCAUGGAUCACUUGUCGGCGACGACGAGUGAUCGUUAUCGAACACGGUUGUUCGAUUCGUCAGAGAUCCAUCACCUUGACCCCAGCGCGAAAAACUAUCGCGCUGAGCAUGAAGUUCUUCAUCGAUGCUUUCUUCAGACAUCGAUGGUACAGUGGGAAUCACAAACGUGA